UGUUUUCGGAGGUACCUUAUAUUAACUCAUAUCAAAUAACGGUCUUUUGCUAGAGUCCAUAUGCUAGGGAAACAUGGCCGCAGCAGAGAUAUUACAGAGCAAUAAUCAACGAGUAGGCAAUGGUGCGUGUGAAGACGAAGAUGAGAUGCCGAUGUCAUCAAGUGGUAUUGAUCAAUCGAGCGACGAUGAUAAUGAGAGUCACGAUGAAUCCGAUAGCAGCAGUAAUGAGGACGAAAGUGAAUUUUAUUCUGAUAGUGACUCUGACAGCGAAAGUAGCAGUGAUAGCGACAGUAACAGUGACGGUGACAGUGAGAGGGAAUCAGAUGAAAAGCUGAUUGACAUGGGCAUUGAUCAAGAGACAAAGUUGACCCAGGACAUAAUGUGGCUUAUUAUAGUUACGAUAGCAUCCAUUAUUCCUGUUCUUAGAAGUGUUCGCUAUAAAGCCAAGGCGCGAAUGGUAUACAGAUACCGACCUAUCUUUGACGAAGUAGCUGGGCACUCCCUCCAGAUGGGCCAAUUUGAUAACGAUUUAAAGAUGACGUAUGCACAGUUUAUGAUACUGAAGGAAGCUACAACGCCUGUACGCCAGAGAGACAAGUUUAUGGGAAAUUUGAUCAUCGGCCGGAUAUAAGUUGAUGUACAACUUGCAUUAACAUUGCGAACAUUGCGAAUAUUAGCGAGUGGUCAAACGAUUGAUCUCCAAUACGUAUUCUGUAUGCAUAAAAUAAAACCAC